ACUUCCUGUGGAGGCCGCAGCGGGCGCGAGCGCCGAGCGGUGAGGAACAGCCAGCAGUGUGCCGCCUCCGCCGCCGCCUCCGCCGCCGCCAUGGGCCAGAACGACCUGAUGGGCACGGCCGAGGACUUCGCCGACCAGUUCCUGCGAGUCACCAAGCAGUACCUGCCCCAUGUGGCACGCCUCUGCCUGAUCAGCACCUUCCUGGAGGAUGGCAUCCGCAUGUGGUUCCAGUGGAGUGAGCAGCGCGACUACAUCGACACCACCUGGAGCUGCGGCUACCUGCUGGCCUCGUCCUUUGUCUUCCUCAAUUUGCUUGGACAGUUGACUGGCUGUGUCCUGGUGUUGAGCAGGAACUUUGUGCAGUAUGCCUGCUUUGGACUCUUUGGGAUCAUAGCACUGCAGACAGUUGCGUAUAGCAUUUUGUGGGACCUCAAGUUUCUGAUGAGGAACCUGGCCUUGGGAGGAGGCUUGUUGCUGCUCCUAGCGGAGUCCCGUUCAGAAGGAAAAAGCAUGUUCGCAGGUGUCCCCACCAUGCGCGAGAGCUCCCCCAAACAGUACAUGCAGCUUGGAGGCAGGGUCUUACUGGUUUUGAUGUUCAUGACCCUCCUUCACUUUGAUGCCAGCUUCUUUUCUAUUGUCCAGAACAUUGUGGGUACAGCUCUGAUGAUCUUAGUGGCCAUUGGUUUUAAAACCAAGCUGGCAGCUUUGACUCUCGUCGUCUGGCUGUUUGCCAUCAACGUGUAUUUCAACGCCUUCUGGACCAUCCCAGUCUAUAAGCCCAUGCAUGACUUCCUGAAAUAUGACUUCUUCCAGACCAUGUCGGUGAUUGGAGGCCUGCUCCUGGUGGUAGCUCUAGGCCCAGGAGGUGUCUCCAUGGAUGAGAAGAAGAAAGAGUGGUAACAGAGAGACCCCUUCCCUCCCUGGCCUCGUAGAGGCCCAAGGACUGGUUCAGGGUGGAAUCAACAAACUGCCAGCGUAUAUGUGUCCUCUUCCUUUCCCCUCCCUUGGUAAAGGCACCGAUGUUUUGAGAACUUUAUUUGCAGACACCUGAAAAUUGAUGGGUAAUCUGCUCUGGAACCUCAAUCUGGAGCCAACUGUCAGUAGCUGGCCAGCUAGGUGGUCACUCCUUAGCUGAGGCCUGGAGUGAAUAGCAUUGUGGGCUAUAGCCUCAAUCCCGUCUUUGAGUUCAUUUUUGGGGUGAGGGCCUACUAACUGUGCUGAGCAGACACACUUGUGUAUCAAAGAAAUCUCCCUCUUUUUAAGUUUACAUUCUUAGCUCCAACUACUAAAUGAUAUAGGAUGGUCCAGCCAAGCAUGAAACAUACUGUUAAACCCCUUGGUUUCAAACCCUACCAGUGGCUCCAGCAUUGUUUCUGCCCCUGUAUUAUAGGAUCAGUGAAGACAUUUGGAGAAACCUGAAACCCAGAGAACAAUGCAGUAUUGGAUGGGUGGCUGCUACUGCUGGCUGAAGCCAUUGACAUCAGCUGGCUGGGUGCUGUGUUUACUGGGUGGAAGAUACCAUGGGAGCUCUAGGGAUGUGGACUUGAAGUCCUUGUGAAAGCUGCUGGUCUGGGCACUGCUGUCCCUCGAGCCUGGCAGUGGGGAGGGCAGGUGAGGAAGCUGCACACAGGACGGCUGACAUCAUGGAACCAGCCUGGGGAGGGGUAUGGGGCCCAGGAGUGAUAGGAGCCCCAGUACUCAAGACCCACAGGCUCAACCUGUUACCUCACACUUGACCUUCUCAGAGCAAGGCCUGAACACUGCAGGCCAUCCUCCACCCAGCUUGGCACUGUUCCAGGCUGUAUUUACCCCAUGGGCAGCCCCAACUCACCAUUUCUCUGAAGCUAUUGCUUGUGUCAAUUUGCUAUGCUGAACACAGCCAAGAUUACUUUUUACAAUUUGUGAUGCCUUACCGAUUUGAUCUCAAUCCUGUAUUUAAAGUUUUCUAACAUUGCCUUACACUGUGUUUCUCUUUCUGGGGGUGGGUCCCAAUGCUGUAGCUCCUUGCUCAUCUGCAUGGUAGUAAAUGCUGUGAGGGUCGUCAGGACAUCUCUGGGCCUCACCCAGGUCCUUGGGUGUGGGGGGAGUUGGAUGGAUAAAGCUUGGAACCCCUGGAAGGGAGCAGGCAACUCACCCACCCUUGGGCACAGAAAUCUUGGAGAUCCAUCUUGUCAUCAGUUAGAUGGGCAGGACUAUCCUUUGGGGUCAUUUUGGACCAAUCCUGCCUCUCCUGUCUCAGCCCCCCCCAUCCCAAGGGGACAGUGGUAUACUUUCCUAAUACUGUUUUGUGUUCUAGCAGUCAUAUGGCCUGCUCCUCAUCUCCCCCCUUCCCUGGCCCUUGUGAGCUAUAGCAGUGGCUCAGGCCAUAAGGCAUUUCCCUCCUUGCCACUCAGCUUGACAUGCAGGGCUGCCUCAGUGCACACCCACCCGCUCCCUGUUACCUUCAGUGACAACCCUGUGACAUUCCACAUGGUUUGUGGAGUGCAUCAGACCCUGGGAAGCGAAUGCAUGCCAGGGAUACCCUGCUUCAGUGCCAGCCCUUGUGGGCUGGUGCUUAGGAUGGGGGGAGAGAAAAAUAAUUUACCCAUUGGUUUGACAAAAUUUCUGAAAAUGCUUUUGCUUUAUGUGGGAAUAGGUAUAAAUCUCAUUUUUAUGCUGUAUUUUAUAUCUUAGUUGUGUUUGAAAAUGUUUUGAUUUUUGGAAACAUCAAAAUAAAUAAUGGCAUUUGUGGUA